UGAGUUAGUUCACUUUCCAUUCCGAAAUCUGAUGGCGGAAGGUAAGGAGCUGUCGCUAAAACAUUAGUUUGGAUUGGUAUCAUGGUCAACACAGACACUGUGGGCAGAAGGGCUAUGAUCUAUGUUCUAUUGUGCAGUUGCCCAGAACUCCCUUUCAGUGUCUAUUUUACUGAAUGCUUCUACCAGGAUAACAUUUAAAACAAUAAAAUCUUUGGUGUAUAGCAUUUUUUCAUCUGGCAUACUCUAGUAACAGGUAUUUCAGAAUGAGUAGCUGAGCCAGUGGGCCAAUUCCCUCCUUGAGGAAGGAAAUGGACCAAUACAGAGGCAGUGUUAAGUGACCUACACAGUCACUCUUGAUUAACCGGCAAUUUUGAUAACUUGCCGCCAUUAAAUUUGGCACACGUCCUAUUACAGAGAUUUUAGUAGAGAGUCAUAGAGCACUACAGCACAAAAAUAAACCCUUUGGCCCAUCUAGUCCAUGCUGUACUGUUAUUCUGUCUAGUCCCAACAACCUGCCCCUGCACAAUAGCCUUCCAUACCUCUCCCAUUCAUAUACUUAUCCCAACCUCUCUUAAAUGUCGCAGUCAAACCCGCAUCUGUCACUUCCACCAACAGCUUGUUCCACAGUUCUUACUAACCUCUGUGUGAAGAAGUUCACCCUCAGGCUCCUGUUAAAUAUUUCACCUUUAACCCUUAACCUAUGACCUCCAAUUCUAGUCUCACCCACCUUCACUGAAAAACACUGUUUGCAUUUACAUUAUCUGUACCCCUCAUAACUGUAUAUACGUCCAUCAAAUCUUUCCUCAUUCCCCUACACUCCAUGAAAAAUAGUCCUAACCUAUUCAGUUUAUCCCUAUAAGUCAGCUCCUCAAGUUCCAGUUACAUCCUUGUAAUUUUUUUCUGUACUCUUUCAAUCUUGUUGAUGUCUUUCCUGUAGGUAGGAGAUGAGAAAUGCACACAAUACUCCAAAUUAGGCUUCACCAAUGUCUAUUACAACUUCAACAUAACAUCCCAACUCCUGUACUCAAGACUCUGAUUUAUGAAGGUCAAUGUGCCAAAGACUCUCUUUAUGACUGUAUCUACCUGUGACUCCACUUUGAAGGAAUUAUGGAUCUGUAUUCCCAGGUCCCUCUUAUCUACCAUAUUCCUCAGUGCCCUACUUUUCAAUGUGUAAAUAGUAGUCUUGUUUGUCCUCCAGACUGCAACACUUCACACUUUUGUGCAUUAAAUUCCAUUUGUUGUUUCUCAGCCCAUUUUUUCAUCUGGUCCAUAAUCCGACUGCAAGCUUUGAUAUACUUCCCCGCUGCCCUCUACAUCCCCCAAUCUUGGUGUUAGUUAUUUUUAUUUAGAGAUACUGUGUAGAAUAGGCCCUUCUGGCCCCUCAAGCUGUGCCACCCAGCAACCCCCGACAACCACUGAUUUGUCACUAAUGAAAUCAUGGGAGAAUUUAAAAUGACCAAUUAACCUCCUAACUGGUACACCUUUGGACUGUGGGAGGAAACUGGAGCACCCGGAGGAGGACGUACAGACUCCUUACAGAGGACACCGGGAUUGAAAUCUGAACUCCGAGGCCCCACGCUGAAAUAGCAUCGCGCCAGUCACUACGCUAUCCCAACACUCGAAAGCCUGUAAAACAAUUGGAACUUGUGCUGCCCACUACUGAGAACAAGCUACAUACAAAGUAAAUGCUGAGACCUUUAUUGAUAGAAGAAUGAGAGAUGAGGAUUUAAAGCUCUAACUAUCUUCAAACAUCUCAUUUCUGUAAUUCAUCAAACUUGUUCAAGGUUCCCCUGAUCUACAAGAUGUGGUUAAAUAUUCAGCUUACUGUUGAUUCAAACAUUUGUUGAGAUUUAGUCCCAAAGUAACAAUCACACCACUUUAAUGAUAUUUAUUGUGCAAUCUGAUUCAGAGGAUCAAUAUGCCGGAGUUAGAGUGUAUCAUUUAUCAAUCAGUAGCUACAUUAAUGGAUGAUUGCAUGCAAAAACCAAUCCAAAUCAAACAGUGAUCCACAAAAUAUCAAUGCUCACGUGACCUUUAAAAUGACCAGUAAAAUUGAUUGAACUCAAAUAACAUUGCAGCGUACUAGGGCUAUAUAAACAAUGAGUUACUUGACAGAUCUGCAUUUUUACAUCCAGCUGCCUUGGCAGAGAACAGCACUAACCAUGCAGUUCUUACUUGCUCAACAGCAGAAGAAUUUCCUAGUUACUGCUCUGAGCAAUUAUUCUUCUGCAGUGAACAACAUGGAACAAACAGUCAUGCUUCCUAGCCUCCUGCAAGACAUCCCUGUGAAUGACUACGAUGAAUCUAAAGAUGCUGCAGACACUUCACACAACAUGUAUGAAUGCUAUCUCCUGCUGAAGUCCAUCAAAAACACCGUGGAGAGCAGCAUGCUACCCUCUGAAGAUUUGAAGCAGAACAUCAACAGUGCAUAUGACUUGGAAAGUGACGAGGAGGCAAAUUUAGAGAAACUUCUCUACGUUCACGUGAAGGGACUCUGUACAGUGUUGAAUACAUUGACCAACAAAGCCAACACAUUGACAAGUAAAUACAAGGACAGGAUUGGACUUUUCUCAUAGCCUUGUUGCAUGGCAAGAUGCUCAUUCAGCUGACAUUGAGCAACCUGAAAUAAUGAGCUCUGGAGAGAGAAGGUAACUUGUACUGCUUGGCUAAAAACAUGUUUCAAAGUAAAGACAAAAAUUAAAAUUCUGCAGAACACACCUGGCUGAUGAUCAAGAACUGUAUUCAGCGAAGCACCUCUCUUUGCGAAAAUGUCAGAAUGUCUUGUGCUGCGUGGAUUGUGAAUUCUUAACUCUGCCAAUGAAAUACUUCUGCAAGAAGCAUUUUGGAACUGCAUUAAGAUCAGUAUGCACUUUCUAACUGUUACAUGGAAGAAAAGAUUUCCCUUUCUGCACUUGAUCAUAAAUGUGAACUGCUUCCAUCAUUUCUCAUUUAUGACAUA